GGGGUUUCCUCUUACAAACCUAUAUGGGAAAAUUCAUUGCAAAGAAAUACAAUAAUAAGGGGUUUAGGCGAGGCUCGAGAGUUGCAUCACCAUCAAAGUAUUCCGAGUAACGCUCGUGACGGUUGUGAUAGUCCUCGUCGACGACCCCUAUCUCUAUCCAAGCAACUGUCGUAGUGUAGGUCUUCAUCCGCUCCUAAAGUCCCCCCACACGAAGCCCCAUGGAUAUGGAGUCAUGCCCAUUCCCCAGAAGCUGGCAAUAGUCAUGGCUGUAGCAUGUCUCCAGUGUUCCAUUGCUCCAUAUAACCGCCGCCGUGAGCUUGACUUUUGGAGAAAGCGGGAUCUAAAGACAGAGCCUCAACUCGCUGCCGAGAUCGUAUCCACUACCCAGAGCUUAUUAUCAGCAGAACCUCAUUUCUUGCCGCGUCGACUUUUGCCGUUUUGGCCUUUCGUUAUGACGAUAACGACGUCCUUUCUAAUUUCCUGUCUUCGAUAACUCCUUCGUCCCCUUUUCAAGACGCGUAUACGACCACGAGAUUGCUUUCUUCUCUCACGAUGACUUCUAAUAAUUCCUUCAAUUCGUCGAUACGAACCUUCAAAGACGAAAGUAAACAUAGGCCCCUUCUAUAACGACUUACGAAUACACAAGCUUCGACAAUUAUCCUAGAACCGACCGCAAGCUAGAACGACACCUACUUCCUCGUAUCAAUCCAAGCCCGAAGUACC